AGCGUCAAGCACCAAAUGGCAUCGUCCCUUCUAACGGUCCUCAUCCUAGCGACCGUGCUAGGCGUGCUGUCAGAAGGCGCAUUGGCUUUCGGGGCAGGCGACAUCCCCGAUUUCGCUUUCUUAAACGAUAAAGCAUUCCGUCACGGUGACAUCGAAAACGUUCUCACUAAUCUCGCCAAAGCUGCGGGAGCUGCAUCGGGUGGUGGAGGAAUCCUUCAGUUAGCACAAUCCGUGCUGAACGCCGCCUCUGGUGGUGCUACGUUUACUAGUGGAGACGUCAAGAAAGUCUAUUUUGGAAACUGGCUUCGUGAUUAUUCUCAGGCAAUGGAUAUCGCCGGCUUGAGCAAGUUGUCCGCGGACACCCUCGUACUCGUGGUUGCGGUUCUGGGUUUCAUGAGCUUCGGCUUUGCAACCGGAGAGUUUGAAGUGACGGCGGAUCGACUAGGUGUAUACCUUCCCGUGGAGCACAUAGACAACCCGAAGGGAUACGCGGAGAAAGAGGAAGAUGCUCGCCAAUUUCAUCCAAAGCUUCGUCCUCCUGUGGAUCCGCGUGAACUUGAGAUUGACGAAAGAACAGGGAUGAAGAAUUAUAUGGCCACCGAAAACCGAGGGUGGGAUACAUCUACUGCUCAUAUUCGCCGGACAUUCAAGCAAUGCAUCGAGCGUGGACGGCGUGCUCAUGGCCGCGAUGGAGCGGAUCUUUGGGAAGCGUACAGGCUUCUUGGCACUGGGUUACAUACUCUGGAGGAUCUUCUCGCCCAUAGCAAUUGGUGCGAGAUUGCUCUGCGGAGAAUGGGUCACGAGCAGGUGUUUUGCCAUGUAGGCGAUAAUGUGAUCAUUCAGACGCCCAACGGACCGGCUCCUCCCCUUGUCACCGGUACAUUUGGAAGCGCCGACUUCUUUCACUCCGUCCUUGGGGAAGCUACCGACCAUCUGUCUCAGACCUCGAUGACGGAUCUGUCUCAGAAGAUGAACGAUGCUAAGCUCGGGAAUCAGAACGAGAAAUUUGACGCUCUCAAGUCCAUACUCGGCAAACUCGGCGGGGGUGACAGCGAUGGCAAGGUUUCUGAGGCCGAAGAUAUCAACCAGAAGAGUAAGGCAUAUAGUUUUGACCCUGGUGAUAUUGCACCCCCCGAGGUUCAGCAACAGUUAUGGGAAAUUCUCAAGUGGAGGGACAGUAUCUUCAAGACCGUGCUUGAGAAGAUAGAGAUGAUACCUGGCCUCUCGGAACUGAUCGACAACCUCACCGAUGCGCUUAAUGCAUAUGUCUAUACAUUGUUGACCCCUUACCUGGAGCCCAUAGUCACGCAGGUCACCGCUGUACUUGGAGAAGGCAGCAAAGCUGUGAUAGACUCCGAUGAUCAAUACGAAACAUUCGACAACCCGGAUGCAUCUGAUCCAUCACACAGUCUCCUGUCCAAGGACCAUUUCGCCCUCAUACUAAACGAGCCGGCGGGACGGGUUGCUAUGGUGGUUGUGGAGCACACGGUCAACCUUAUCGUGAAAGCUUGGUUUGACGGUGGCCAGGACGAAGAUCAUGUCAUAGAUGAGAUUCUUGAAGCGUUCCAUCAUCCAUACUACAAUAUUGGAAAUUCUCGUAUUCAGCACGAUAUGUUCCAAACCUUCGACAAAUGGUUCGGAAGCCUCGGUUCAGAGGAUUCGGCAAAGGUCCUCGACGGUUUGACCAAGGAUGGUGUGCGCAACGGACGUAACAAACGGCUUAGCUCAGAGGAGGAGGAGAUCGCCGCGGGAGGUAGUGGCUACUAUGGACCUGACGGUCAGGCCCGCAUGAAAUCCGGAUCUCAUCGAGGACAUUCGUUCGAUGCCGACGAAGAAGCUAACCUGACUCGCCAAGGCCACGGGUCAUCCUACUCCCGUCAUGACGAUGAUAACCAAAUCCCCCAAAGCCAGACCACUUACCAGCAGGAAUCCGACUAUCCUCAGCGUGGCUACAAUCCUUCUUACACCCAGACGGAAACCUCGUCAUUCGCAAAUAGCUAUGGAUCUUCUGCUCGAUACCCUCAACGUGAUGACCAAGGCAGGGAGGAAUACGCGGAUGUUGACAACGAUGGAGCCACAGGAACCGAAUAUCGCAACACUACCUUUGGCCGCGAAAAUCCUGAUAACUAUGGGUACACCAGCGGUCCUGCGCCCCGACGUGAACAACUGUUAUACGAAAGCCGCCUAGAUGAGUACAGAAGUAGCCACAGGCCGCGCAGUGACGAAUCAUACGGAGAACCUCCGGCUAUACCUGCUUAUGAAGAAGUGUCCGAGCGUCACGAAUACGAAGGAAGGGAAGAUGCAUCUGGUUUCUACGGCAGCGCAACGCUUGGAGAUCAAGCCAACGAAGACGGGGUCGACCAGCAAGCCCGAUACGGAGAGGAAGCGCGUCUGUCUCACCAUAGCGGGCGUAGUCACCGUCACCAUCCAGAUUCGGGAAUGUCCCGUUGUGUGGAGGGUUAUGGGGACAACCAGGAAAGGUCUGCCCUUGACCAGACUGGUUAUGGAGGUCGCGAGUUCGCUGGCGAGGGGUACAAUCCAGCGUACGAAGUACCUCGUCGCGAUGAUGACUACCAGCGUACGGAAGGGUACGGAGACGGAGAAACCUUUGGUGCAGAGAGGCUGACCAUUGACGACGAGGGCGGAGACUACCAUCAUCCAUUUCGCAUGGACCGGAGGCACCACGGACAGGACGGCUUUGGUAACGAGAAUGAUGAGAAAUAUGGCGGAGGCUACGGCAGAGAUUACUGAAAGCCACUGGUCACUCCAGAGUGUCCGGCUGUCCUUGUACUGUAGUAUGAUGAUAUGGGUGCUCCUUCGCACUGUUAUGAU